CUACUAAUAAUGGCCCAGAAUCUUCAUUAAAGUCCAGUUAUGGUUUUAUGGCGCGAGAGCCGGAUCCCCACCGUAUAAAUCCCUCGUCUUCUCUCGUCUCGACUCCGGAGAAUUUUAAUUGACUUCUAAUAAUAAAAAAACAUCAUUCGUGUAAAAUUUAAGUUUUUUCCCCUCUCAACAUUUUAUAUUGCUAUGAUCUCAAGACUCUCCAAAGCGAAGGGUUCAUCCUCUCUCUUCAUUCCCUAUAUUUAUCAGAGGUUUGCUACUCCAGUGAAAGUGUUCGUGUCACGUUCUCAGAUUGAAUUGAUUAGUAACAGUUUUCGAUCGAAAGAAGCACACUUCUUCUCUUUUCCGCGCCGUGACCUACAUUCUAAUGAAGUUGAUGGUCCUUCUAUAUCUGACAAUGAUUCGAAUACUAGCAAUGUUGUUAUGAUCCAAGAUAUUCUGAAGUACCAUGAAAAUGAUUGCCAACUCGAGAAAGCCCUUGAUCAGUUUACACUGUCAGUAAAUGAGGAUUUAGUUGUUCAAGUACUUUGUAGACAUCGUUCAGCUUGGAGGCCUGCAUUAUCUUUCUUCAAUUGGGCCUCUUCCCAGAAAGGCUAUUCUCAUGGCUCAAGGGCUUAUAAUGAAAUGCUCGAUAUACUCGGUAGGACGAAACAGAUCAAAUUAAUGCAGCAAUUGUUUGAUGAAAUACCCAAAGAGAGAGUAAGUUCGGUUAUAAAUAAUAGGACUUUUGCUAUUCUGAUGCAUAGAUAUGCGGGUGCGCACAAGGUACAAGAAGCGAUUGAUUCAUUUUAUAAGAGGAAGGAUUAUGGUCUUGAACUCGAUUUGAUUGGAUUCCAAACACUAUUGACGUCUUUAUGUAGAUUCAAACAUGUUGAAGAGGCAGAAGCUCUCUUUAUUCAGAAGCAAAAUGAGUUCCCUCCUGUUAUAAAGAGUAGGAAUAUAAUUUUAAAUGGUUGGUGUGUAUUGGGAAGUUCACAUGAAGCCAAAAGGUUUUGGAAUGAUAUAAUCUCUUCCAAGUGCAAGCCGGACUUGUUCACCUACAGCAUUUUCAUUAAUUCUUUGACAAAGGCUGGAAAACUAGAAACUGCAGUGAAAUUAUUUACCUCCAUGUGGGAAAAAGGAUGCGACCCAGAUGUAACAAUCUGUAAUACUAUCAUCGAUCAACUGUGUUUUAAAAAGAGGAUUCCAAAUGCUUUGGAGAUUUUCGGGGAAAUGAACGAGCGAGGUUGCCUCCCCGAUGUGGCAACCUAUAACUCUCUCAUAAAACAUCUUUGCAAGAUUCGGAGAAUGGAGAAAGUAUACGAGCUUUUGAGCGAGAUGGAUCAGAAGAACUGUCCUCCGAAUUCUAGAACUUACUGUUACAUAUUGAAAACUCUGCAGAAGCCUGAAGAGGUCGGUAAUUUAUUGAGGAGGAUGGAAAGAACUGGAUGCAAACUUGACAGUGAUAUCUAUAAUCUUAUACUAAACCUAUAUGUAGGAUGGAAAUAUCACAUAGGCAUCAAGUCUGUGUGGGCAGAAAUGGAGAAAAAUGGACAGGGUCCAGACCAGCGUUCAUACACAAUUAUGAUUCAUGGGCUUCACAGCCAAGGUAAACUAGAUGAGGCUCUUGAAUAUUACAGCAAGAUGAAGUCAAAAGGAAUGGUCCUGGAGCCGAGGACUAGGUUAUUGAUAAAGGCAAUUCAUUUAAAGAGAGGGGAUAAGUAAAGAAUCACCCCAUCUUCCUGUGUCAGCAAAAGAGAGGAGAUGAGGACCUUCAUGACUGCCAAAAAUUGGUCAAGUGUAAUUAUUUCGUUUUCCUCUUGGUAGUAAACCCUGUUGGGUGAAUAACAAGUGUGAUUGCUCCAUUACCUUUGCACUGUGCAAUUUUGGUGACACAUUGGUAUAUCACUCUAAUAUAAAUUUACAAUGUCCCUGUGAAAAAACUUGUGAUGCACACUUUCUUCCUCUUGUCCUUAGAACAAGAGAUGCUAUGUUCUCUGAAGGGCAACUUUUGCAGUCAGUGUCAUAGGAUUGGAGCUCUAUUAAAUUAUCGUUCUGAGACGAUAAGAGACUAUAUUUUCCUAACAUGGUGCUGGAUUUUAUUGUUUUAGCCCUAAGCUGCUUAGCUGGACAUUAAUAUGGGAUUAUUCGUUUUUUUU